GUAUAAUUCUACCUCUUUGGACUAAUACUAAGUUUGUUUACUUUACUAAGAGUUCUUCAUGAAGUUUAUAUUAUUACAUUGUGAGCAGAAAUUUGAAAGGUGUCUUUUAGUUGAUUAUUUAUUCUUAAUCGUAUUUUAAGUUAUCGUGGUCAAGUAUGCCUAAGGUAGUUUCUAGAAGUAUUGUAUGUUCAGAUACAAAAGACCAGGAAGAAUACAGUGAAGAAAAACCCUUACACACUUAUUAUUGCCUUUGUGGACAAAUGACGCUUAUCUUAGAUUGUCCUAUUGAGAAACUCCCAUUAAGAAAAAGAGAUGGUGCCAGGGUUCUUGAUGGAUGCAAGCAUGCUAACAAAAUUAUAUGUGAUCCUGAUGAAACUGUCCAUAUUAGAAGACCAGAAGGAAUAGAGAGGCAGUUUCGAAUGAAGUGCAAAAAAUGUAAAUUAACGAUUUACUACAAGCAUGAUCAAAACAGUAAUGUUAACUUUGUAUUAAAAGGUGCUGUUGUAAGGAACUCAGGUGAAAAACCAAAAAUGGAUAUUUAUAAUCAAGUAGCAGCAGAACAACCCAAAAAAAUUAUGGUCACUAAACAUACCAAAAACAUGGGAAAAUUCAGUUCUGUGACAGUGUCUACAAUUGAUGAAGAGGAAGAUGAAAUAGAAGCGAGAGAAGUUGCUGAUUCUUAUGCAAAUAAUGCUAGGAUAAUCGAAAAGCAACUUGAAAGGAAAGGUAUGAAUAAAAGAAAACUUGUUUUACAACAAACACAAGCUGAAAUUGAUUCAAAACGCAACAGAGUAAGGGGAACUCUCAUUGAUAAAUAGUUUAAUAGUUUGUAUCAUUCAAACUUAUUUUGUAAUUAUUGUAAAAAUAAAAUUUAAUU